CGUAUCAAAAGAGGAAGAAAGGGACGAAGACACAAGCAUUGGUGUUGACCUUAGGAAAACGCCCCAUUGGGCUCGCUCGACCAGUCGCACUCUUCCCCGCCUCGGUCGCCCAUGGAGGCUGGAGAAAUCGGCGGCGCCCUCCUGUUCGUCCUCGCCGCCGCCGCAGCCGUCCUCGCCGCCGUCUCCACUGGCGCCGUCGAUUUCAGCCACCCACCCGCGGUGGGUGGGCAGCUGGACUUCCAGGAGACCAUCUCGUGGUUCACCGGCGUCUACAAUGGCGCCUCGUACUCGUCUGGGGCGGGGGCCGUGUCGCUGGCGGAGGUGCACGAGCUGUGGGUGCGGGUGCGGGGCCGGGUGAUCGCGCCGGCGCUGCAGGUGACGGUGUGGGCGUGCAUGGUGAUGUCGGUGAUGCUCGCGGUAGAGGCCCUGUACAACUGCGUGGUCAGCCUCGGCGUCAAGGCCAUCGGCUGGCGACCGGAGUGGCGGUUCAAGUGGGAGCCCCUCGCCGGCGACGAGGAGAAGGGGAGCGCCCACUACCCCAUGGUCCUCGUCCAGAUACCCAUGUACAACGAGCUGGAGGUGUACAAGCUGUCAAUCGGGGCGGCAUGUGAGCUCAAGUGGCCAAAGGACAGGAUGAUCGUCCAAGUGCUGGACAAUUCCACCGAUCCGUUAAUCAAGAAUUUGGUGGAGCUUGAAUGCGAAACCUGGGUGACCAAGGGUCUGAACAUUAAGUACGCCCCAAGAAGCGGCCAGAAGGGGUUCAAAGCAGGAGCCCUGAAGAAGGGAAUGGAAUGUGACUAUGCCAGGCAGUGUGAAUAUGUUGCCAUAUUUGAUGCUGAUUUCCAGCCUGAACCAGACUUCCUUCUCAGAACAAUCCCGUUCUUCGUGCACAAUCCAAAAGUUGCUCUUGUUCAAGCUCGGUGGUCCUUCGUGAAUGGCACCGUGAGCCUGUUGACGAGGAUACAAAAGAUGUUCUUCGAUUACCAUUUCAAAGUUGAGCAAGAAGCAGGAUCAGCAACCUUUGCCUUCUUCAGCUUCAAUGGAACCGCUGGAGUGUGGCGUACAGCAGCCAUCAAAGAGGCAGGAGGUUGGAAGGACCGCACUACAGUUGAAGACAUGGACUUGGCAAUUCGAGCCACCCUAAAGGGUUGGAAAUUUAUAUAUGUCGGGGAUAUCAGAGUUAAGAGUGAAUUGCCAUCCAGUUACAAGGCCUACUGUCGACAGCAAUUCCGGUGGGCUUGUGGUGGUGCAAAUUUAUUCCGAAAAGUAGCAAUAGAUAUUUUGACUUCUAAGGAUGUGUCUGUCGUCAAGAAGUUUUAUAUGCUCUAUAGCUUCUUAUUUGUUCGGAGAGUUGUGGCCCCUGCUGUCGCAUGUAUUCUCUCAAAUAUCAUAGUUCCAUUAUCAGUCAUGAUCCCAGAACUAUACCUACCAGUCUGGGGCGUCGCAUAUAUUCCCGCGGUACUUCUAGUGGUAACAGCCAUAAGAAAUCCAAAAAAUAUACACCUUCUGCCAUUUUGGAUUUUGUUUGAGAGUGUGAUGACAAUGCACCGCACGAGAGCUGCACUGGUUGGUCUAUUCGAAUUCUCAGAGUUUAAUGAGUGGGUCGUGACAAAGAAGACAGGGAACAAUUUUGAAGAUAACAAGGUUCCCUUGCUUCAGAAAACCAGAAAAAGAUUAAGAGACAGGGUUAAUUUUCCUGAGAUUCUGUUUUCAGCGUUUCUUUUCUUCUGUGCAUCGUACAACCUUGUAUUCCCUGGCAAGACUAGCUACUAUUUUAAUCUCUAUUUGCAAGGAUUAGCAUUUGCAUUUCUAGGGCUAAACUUCACUGGCACUUGCACUUGCUUUCAAUGACAACACCUAAACUGUACGAAGUGCUGUUACACAGUUUGUUUAUGAGCAUAAGAGCCUCAAACAUUUCAGAUGUGAUAGCCUUAGAUGCAUAAGAGCUUCAAACGUUUCACCCAUAAUCAGUAACUUUUAUUUGUGAACUAA